AUGUUGGGGCGGGAGAAGGGGCGCUGCGUGGCCUCCGAAUAUUUCCUGGAGCCGGAGCUGAACCUGGUGACCGAAAACACCGAAAACAUCCUCAUUUCCCCAAUCUCCGGGAAUUUCGCGCUCCCAGGGCUGUCUCUGGUGGUGGGGCUGGUUCUCUACAUCUCCAGCAUCAACGACGAGGUGAUGAACCGCCCGGGCGGCUCCGAGCAGUACUUCCAGUACCGCUACGGCUGGAGCUUCGCCUUCGCCGCCUCCUCCUUCCUGCUCAAGGAGGGCGCGGGUGUGAUGUCGGUGUACAGCUGUCACUCGGGUGUCACUCAGCUGUCACUCAGCUGUCACUCAGGUGGGCGUGGCCGCAGCCCCUCGGACGUCCCCUCGGACGUGUCCAUCCAGAUGACCCAGAACUACCCGCCCGCCAUCAAGUACCCCCAGAGACCCCCCCCGCACCCCCACCUGUCCACCUCGCCCUGCUAGGGGCACCUGGGCACACCUGGGGGGCGUGGGGCACACCUGGGCACUCCUGGG